GGCACCCCCGCCGCCGCUCCAGGCCGCUCACUUGGGACGCGCUCACCUGAGACAAGGCGCCCGCCGCCCUCACCUGGGCCAGGAUGAAGGACCGGCUGGAGCAGCUGAAGGCCAAGCAGCUGACACAGGAUGAUGACACGGACGAGGUUGAGAUUGCUAUUGACAACACAGCCUUCAUGGAUGAAUUCUUUUCUGAGAUUGAGGAAACACGGCUCAACAUUGACAAGAUUUCAGAGCAUGUGGAGGAAGCUAAGAAACUCUACAGUAUCAUUCUCUCUGCACCGAUCCCAGAGCCAAAAACCAAAGAUGACCUUGAACAGCUCACAACGGAGAUCAAGAAAAGGGCCAACAACGUCCGGAACAAGCUGAAGAGCAUGGAGAAGCAUAUUGAGGAAGAUGAGGUCCGGUCAUCAGCAGACCUUCGGAUACGAAAGUCCCAGCACUCUGUCCUCUCCCGGAAGUUUGUGGAGGUGAUGACAAAGUACAAUGAGGCUCAGGUGGACUUCCGUGAACGCAGCAAAGGGCGCAUCCAACGGCAGCUUGAAAUUACGGGCAAGAAGACAACAGAUGAGGAGCUGGAAGAGAUGUUAGAGAGUGGCAACCCAGCCAUCUUCACUUCCGGGAUCAUUGACUCCCAGAUUUCCAAGCAAGCCCUCAGCGAGAUUGAGGGUCGGCACAAGGACAUCGUGAGGCUGGAGAGCAGCAUCAAGGAGCUCCAUGACAUGUUUAUGGACAUCGCCAUGCUGGUGGAGAAUCAGGGUGAGAUGUUAGAUAACAUAGAGUUGAAUGUCAUGCACACAGUGGACCAUGUGGAGAAGGCACGGGAUGAAACUAAAAGAGCCGUGAAGUAUCAGGGUCAGGCUCGGAAGAAAUUGAUAAUUAUCAUUGUGGUAGUAGUUGUGUUGCUGGGCAUUUUAGCAUUGAUUAUUGGACUGUCCGUUGGGCUGAAAUAAGAGUGGCCUAAGGGGCUGCUGCACUGAAAUAUUUCACUCCAGCGUGGCCUGACCACUCUUGUCUCCAGAUGGGAACAGAGUUUGAAUGGCCUUCCUGAGAAUGAGGGGUGCCUGUUCCUUUAUUUCUUUGUAACGACCAUCCCUGGACCUGGCUCAGCAAACCAUCUACCCCCAGAGGAAUCUAACCUACCUAAUGCAGCCCCGAGUUCUCCUCAAAACCACCUCCCAUCCUAGCAGCUGAAGUACCCUCUUCUGGACUGUGUGAAGCAACCCGGAGUGUUGGUGUGUCAGUUAUGCCUUGUGCCUUGGAAAAUCCCCGUGAGACCAGCCAAGGCGCUGUAUUUCUACCUCAUGGAGUAUUCUCCUGGAAUAUACUUUGUAGUGGAGUGCUAACAAAGUAGAGGGGUUCUUCUCAGUUUAGCAGUAGUGUGGCUUUGAUCAGAGGCCCUAGCUGGCAAGAUGCCAAGCCUUAGUUUGUUGUCUCAUGUCCUGAAAACACAAAGACUAAUAGAUGCCAUUUUGGUCUUACAAGUUGGCUUAUUUGAAAUUUACCUUUUAAUUAAGCUCUAACUUCAAUGUGGGCCACAUUGAUUUUUCUCUAUAUUCACUCGUUUACUCAGAGAGACCAGUGUGAUAAGUCCUCUGAAGCUCCCCAUUGGGAAAGACUGAGGUUAUAGAAUAAGCUUCCAUGUCUGAGUUUUGGAAUCUGGCUAGUCACUGUUAGAGAAUUGCUCUUUGUGAAGACAUUACUUUGAGGCCAAACAGAAUCAGGGAUUUAAAACUGGUCCAGGGACAAGGUGCUACUGUCUCAGGCUCUGGAAAUGUCAGUCAUUUAUGUGUUCCAGGUGUACUUUUGUAACUAUGUAUGUGAGAGAUAUUACAUAACUGUCUGCCUCUCAGGAAGUAGGAAAACUAGAAGAUACUAUGACCUCAAAAAAAAAAAAGAGAGAGAGAGAGAGAAA